AUGGGGGUGGUGGGCACCUUUCUUCAUUUGGAGGAGCAGAAGGUGGAGAAGGUGACUUACGAGGCAUUCCGACGCGCCGCCCAGUCCACGACUCUGUCAAUUCCAUCCAAUUCGGUCAUGACACGACUCGUUCAGGCGCACCACAAGACAUUGCUGCAGAUAUUUACCCAAGGUUCAGCAACCAUCCUGCACUUUGAUGGUCCACCAACGACGCAGAAAGCGAAGGCACGGGAGAAGAGAAGGAUCAAGAGCAGCAAGGAUGUGGAGGCCAUGAACGAUCAGGCAAAUAAGAUUCAGGAGAUGGUAGGCUCUGACAGCACCAACCUAUUCUCGCGGAUUCGGAAGCGGAAGCUUGUUCAGUCGAUUCAGAAAGUAAAGGGGAGUUGGGCCGUCGCGAAGCUGGUCUAUUCGACGAUAAAGACCGGUCUCACUGCCGGGUUGAAGGAGGUACGGGCAGAAAACAGCACCUUUAAUGUGGUGCAGACGGAAACCGCUUUAUAA